AUGCGGUGCAUCAAAAAUUUUGUUCCCGUAACUACUCUGGAAACAGUUUAUAAGGGCUUAGUUCAGCCAUAUUUUGAGUACUGUUCCCCUUUGUGGGACACCUGCGGUAAGUUAUUGAAAGAUAAACUGCAACGAGUUUAGUCACGUGCUUCUAGAGUUCUUCAAAGGUGCCAGUCAUGAUACUCGCUCUGCAGACUUAAUUGACUCUGUUUCUUGGCAAACACUUGAUGAUCGACGGCGUUGUGCAAAGUCAAUUUUAAUGCAUAAUUAA